UUGUUACAUCUAAAAAAGCCCCCCGAUGAGGCGGUGAUGUUUUUGGUAGCCCAGUGGCGGAUCUCUGACAUUACUGAUAGAUUAAAUGAGUUCACUGAGUGUUGGCUGUGGUAAUAUAACGUGAACAAGCAACAGAGAUAAAUGGCGAGGACGUAUCCUGUAGUUUAAACGCCAAAGACUCAACACGAAGUUGCUUUAGCGGAAACGACUUGACAAGCUAGCACCAAAGACGGCUAGCACCACGUUAAGCUAGCCAGUAGUUAAGGUUAGCCGGGUAGCUAAUGUUAUCUGGCAGGUCUAUUCUGAGUGGAGCUGUGUGCCAUCAGUAGGGGAAACGACAGGUGAUUAGUAUUGACAACCUAAUCCGAGAGGAUUUUGCGUAUCCUAUGAUCUCGCAGCGCUAGUAGACUGUACCAAAAUGUCCACCACUUCGUUGGAUAAAGAAUUACAGGAGCGACUGAGAGAGGCGUCUGCCAUCGGGGAUAUCGACGAAGUGCGGACAUUGGUGGAGAGUGGAGUAAAUGUUAAUUCACAGAACGAAAUAAAUGGCUGGACAUGCCUUCACUGGGCAUGCAAGAGGAACCAUAAGCACAUAGUGUCCUACCUACUCAGUUAUGGAGCAGACAAAGAAAUCCUCACGGCUAAGGAUGAGUUGGCAUCGCAGCUUACAUCCAAACCAGAGAUCAAACGACUCUUAGGAAUUGAAGUGGAGGAAAUGCCUGAAGUCAAGGAGCCUGAGCUGCCAAUCAUCCCCAACUACCUGUCUAACCCGCCCUUCAUGUACUCCAAGAUGGAUAACAAGUCCGAGCUCAUCCUGGCACAGCAGCUUACACAGAAUGGUUCUGGAGAACACGCUGGAGACACACAAAGCGAUUCACCCUCUUUUUCCCCAACUCAUGAGCCUCAGAAAACGCAGAGCCUGUUCUCUGAUGGCUCCACUCCUCCUCCAAACCCUCCCAACCACAGCCAAGCCCAGGCUGGGGAAUUCAUUCCAGUGACUGAGCAAAAUGGUGUGUCACCCAGCCAGGCCUCAUCCCACAACCACGCUGUUGUUAACUGCACAGUGCCCAUGGACCUGUCAGUUGAGCCGCACCUGGUCAACCAUGCUGACUACCCGCAUACAGUGGCACACAACGGCACCAUGUGCUCGCCUCCGUUGGCCUCACCCAGCCCCAGCUUGGCCAGCAACGGCGGGAGCCAGGUCCAGGCCCCGGUGUCCGGCACUAACCCAACUAUGAGCAGGCAGCAGUCUAUUCCACAGCAGCUCAGCUACAGCCAGGCUGGUGGGCCCAUGCCAGCCUUCCAGCCGUUCUUCUUCACCAGCACCUUCCCUGUCAAUGUGCAAGAGUUGGUGCUGAAGGUGCGUAUCCAGAACCCCAAUGCUCGGGAGAACGAUUUCAUUGAAGUGGAGCUGGACCGCCAGGAGCUCACCUAUCGUUCCCUUCUGAGGGUCUGUUGCCGUGAGUUGGAUAUCAGCGCUGAGCACGUGGAGAAGAUCCGCAAGCUGCCCAACACCAUGUUGAGAAAGGACAAGGACGUAGCUCGGCUGCAGGACUUUCAGGAACUUGAGGUUGUGUUGGAGAAAGCGGAGGGUUUGUCCCUUUUCUCUGGGACUGGAGGCCUAACAGACAGACCGUGCUACAACAUGAAGGCCUCCCGCCUCACCUACUAGAGCUGCCACAGAGCCUGAGGUCUCCCCGCUUAUGAUGGGCUUCUGUAGCUACCCUUCAAGCAACCAUAACUAGUUGCCCGCCCAGGUCCCUUGUUACAGCUUUGUCUGGCUUUGGUGUCGCGCCAAUUUCCUAACUGGGAUUUGUUUUUUCAAAGUUCUGUAGCUAUUGUCCUCCUCCCGUCUUCCUCUGGCCCUCCUGCCGCUUUUGUGUACCCAACCAGUUGUAAGCGAUUACUGAUGCAUGGUGUCCUCGAUUAUGUACGAAAGUAUUUGGGCCCCCUUUCUCCUCUCUUUAUCUCUUUCUCUCCUCCCACUGCGCUUUGUGCCAAGGCUUCAGUGGGACAACAGAGGGAGACAUUGGCUUGUCUUCCUCACAGACCGGACUUGAAGGGAAUUCUGUAAUAGCCUUAUUUGGACACAUCCUGGCUGGCCGUACUGGCUGUGGACUAUGGUCACAGAGGAUAUGACCUGGUCUGAUAAGACAAAGAGCAGAGGACGACAGGAAGGAUUUACAUAACUGACAGAUAAGUUCAUCAUCAGUCCACCGGAUAGGACUAGUUGGACUUGCACACUGCAACUUGAAUUUCUAGGAAAUUGACAUAUAGAGUGUUAUCAGAUGUCCUAGCUGGUGGUCAGACUUUCAUACAUGCUGUAGGCAUAAACCUUAGUGUCUUUUCCUGCAGAGGGCAUCAGUUACUGGCCUAAUUGUUAGGGUGGAGGUCGUCUUACAUCUGGUGAGACUCCGGACUAAUAGUACUUCUAUUUGCUGACCACACAUACAGUACGCUUUAAUCUAUAUCCACACAGGGAUGGACACAUUUGAGUGGGAGUACUGGUUUCCCCUACAUAUUUUAAUCAGUCAUACACUGUGGAAAAAUAAUUAAUUAGCUUUGUUUGAAUUGUUCUCUUUUGUGUCUUUUACAUGUCAGACAAAAAAGUAUAUCUUAGAGAUAAAUGUGCAGCAACUUUUUUUUUUUUUCCUACAAAGCAUUAGCACUUCUGCUUUGCAGGGUGUGCAAUUAGGUUCAGUCAGCAUAACACUUAGAGGGACAGUACACCCCAGAAUCAAAAAUGCAUAUCUCUCCUCUUACCUGUAGUGCUAUUUAUCAGUCUAGAUUGUUUUGGUGUGAGUGGCAGUGAGUGUUGGCGAUGUCGGCCGUAGACAUGUCUACCUUCUCUCCAAUAUAAUGGGGGUAAGUAGCACGUCGCUUGUUGUCUUCAAAGCACAAAACACCACAACAGCAAUGUCUCUUUAAAAGGGCUACAUGACAUCACUAUUGUCAAACUUCCCUGUGUAUUUCAGACGUACACAAGAGCAGAUAUUGAGUUUUUCAAAUGUAUUUUGCUGUUUUGAGCACCGCAAGCGAAGUCUCCACAGCCACGAUCUCCAACAGUCCACAACUCACACCAAAACAAUCUAGAAAGAAAUAGUGCUACAAGUAAGAGAAAAACUAUGUAUUUUUGAUUUGGGGGUGAACUAUCUCUUUAAAACUGUCAACUGUGAAGUAUUUAUUUUUAUUUUUGCAAAUAUAUUGAUUCUUACUAAUAAAGCGAGACUGUGCGCUUAAGUAGCAAGGCUCCGUAAAGGUUGUGUUCGAGGCUCCCACUUGAUUUAUCAUGCAACUUCAUUUCAGUUGCCGUCCUUCUUCUUUAACUGUGAUUAGAAUCAAAACCAAAAACUAAUCUAGCCAGCAAAGAUACUAACUGCAGAAUAAACUAUCACUGCUUCAGUAAAGAAUGCAGCCUUGUUAGAUUUUUUUCCCCAAGUGAAAAGGAAAGAAAAUAACAUUUAGCAAAGGAAUUGAUGAUCCUUGUGUUUGUGUGACACUUUGUUUUAUUAUUGAGUGCUUCCUUGUUCCGAAAUUUAAAUUCUUAUUUCUGACACGACUAUCUUCGUUCUAUAUGUUAGGUAGAUUUCUUUAAAUAUUAACAUAGUUGGCUUCAGUAAAGAAAAUGUAAUGUUUUCUAUACGGUUGCUUAAUCAGAAGUGUCUGGACUAAAUGACUGACAAGAUGACUACACUAAAAACAUUCUUGUACUGUACAUUAACAGGUUAAAAAGGCACAGCCAUGUUGUGUCUGAUAGUAACGUGUAUGCUGCUUUCGUCAACACUUUAUAUUUUGAUUCUCAAUGCUGGGGCUCAUUGAAUUGAAGCAGUGCAGUAGGCAGCCGCUACACAUGUCCUACAAUCAAAAAGUUUCCUACCCAGUGGUAAUUGUUUACUGUUGAAAUGUAUACCUGAAGCUCUUACUGUAUUUGUAUGUUUUAUGAUAUAUUUUAUAUUAAUUUGUAUGAUUUUUUUAACCGGUUAGGCCUGUUGUGUACGUGUCAAAAAAAAAAGAUACGGAGUGAAAAAGUGCUGUCGUUGAAGCAGAGAAGUGCAAUGUGUACGGUGGAGGGAAAAGAAUGUUUCCAGAAAGUUUGCCGUGAGAAGAAAGGACUACCAAGAGUGCUUAUUUUCUGUUCCCAACUAUGUUAAAUGCUUUAUGAAGUGAAGUUGUGCCACAUGUUUAUGGCUGGUUGAGAAAGUGGGACAGUGGAGUGGAGAAAACACCCCCUUGG